AUGGUGGAGAGACAUGCGCUGAAGGAGGUGAUUGCAGAUACAGAACGUCGGUUUUGGGGAUGUGUGAUGCUUCCCAUCACGCUGGCUUUCUUUGGUUUCUAUUCGCUGUCCUCCAUUCUGCAUGAGGAUGUACCCUCCAAGCACAUCACAGAGUUCCCGGUGCGGAAUGUCUUGAAUCCGCUGUUGGGUGAAGAUGACGAGGCUACUGCGGAAAUGCUAGAUGGUUUGACCACAGCAUCCGAUGUGUUGAAGCCUCAGUAUGUGUAG